AAUUCAGAGAACAAAAGAGAACCAUUGUCAAAAUUACAAGGGGCAAAUCACACAGUUUGAAAUCUCGUGUGAGAGAGCAACACGUAUUAAUCUACAAUAGAGUUUCAUUGUUAGAACUGUAAAGCAAGUGCAUUGAGUCAUAUACGUACACACUCACUCUAGAGUUUCUUGUGAAUUCGUCGUGUCUUUCAGGUGGAUCAUAAGCUCGAUCGAGGUUUUGACAUGGGAAGAACGCUAGAAACCAUAGUAUUUUUUGUGUUCUUAUCAACCCUUUUGCAUACUCUCGUCUUUUCCACGUCAACCGACGGUCUUGUUAGGAUACAACUGAAAAAAGCGAGAUCUGGUGGAACCACUCGUAUCGAUUCAUAUUCAAGUUUGUAUGAAGAUGACCACGAUGAUGAUUAUUUGAACACACUCAUUAAGGAGUAUGGUACAAAUGUUGAUGAUCUUCAAGAUUCCCAAAGGUCUGAUAUAGUAGCACUAAAGAACUAUCGAGAUGUUCAAUACUUUGGCGAGAUCGGCAUUGGCACCCCACCACAGAAGUUUACUGUGAUCUUUGACACUGGUAGUGCUAACUUAUGGAUACCGUCAUCAGAAUGCUCAUCUUCAGUUUGCCUUUUCCACUCAACAUACAAUUCAAGUGAAUCAAGCACCUACAAAAUGAAUGGUAAACAUGCUGCUAUUGAUUAUGGUAUUGGAUCAAUAUCUGGAUAUUUCAGUGAAGACAACAUCAUAGUUGGUGGUCUAGUUGUUGAGAAUCAGGAGUUCAUCGAGGCAACAAGGGACGUUGGUAUGCCCUUUUUAGAAGGCAAGUUUGAUGGUAUCCUUGGGCUUGGAUUCAAGGAAACAUCCGUUGGCAAUGUUGUCCCAAUAUGGGACAAUAUGGUCAAUCAACAUUUAGUUAGGGAGCGCGUAAUUUCAUUUUGGCUUAACAGAAAUGGUGACACAGACGAAGGGGGUGAAAUUGUCUUCGGGGGUGUUGAUCCAAAUCAUUAUAAGGGUAUGCAUACUUAUGUUCCAGUCACUGAGAAGGGUUAUUGGCAGUUUGACUUGGGCGACAUACUUAUUAAUGGGAAACAAACCGGUAUUUGUAAGAGUGGGUGUUUAGCGAUUGCUGAUUCAGGAGCUUCAUUGAUAGCAGGUCCAACAGCUAUGAUCAACCAGAUUAAUCUUGCCAUUGGGACUAAUGGAAUAUUUGCGGAUUCAUGCCGCAUGGUGGUUACUUUAUCUGGAAGACUAAUAUUUGAUUCACUUGGAGCCUUGAUUGACCCAAAAAAGCUAUGCAUCCCAUUUGGAAUCUGUUUAGGAAACCACAAAGCCAGUGCCAAAACUGAGAGUGUAACCGAUAAGAGUAAUGGUGUGUUUUCUGGACUGCAAGGCAACCCAAUGUGCAUAAUCUGCAAACUAGUGGUGGGGUUGAUGCAUACUGGGAUUGUGGUAAGCCGGGAUACUGUUAUAAAACUCGUUGGCGAUCUAUGUAACCUUGUUCCCAUCCCGUUUGGAGCGUCCGUAGUUGACUGUGCUAGAAUUCCAUUUAUGCCUGUUAUUACAUUUACGAUUGGUGGAAAACAAUUUGAACUUUCUCCGGAUGAGUACAUACUUACAAUUGGCAAGGGUGCUGAUAUGACAUGUGUUAGUGGUUUCAUUUCUUUGGAUUUUCCCCAUCCUCGUGGCUCGUUGUGGGUACUAGGUGAUGUCUUCAUGCGUCGCUACCACACUGUAUUUGAUUAUGGAAAUCUGAGAAUGGGAUUUGCGGAAGCCGCAUGAAACACAUCAUGUCUUAACUGUAGGCGUAACUUGUUCGGUUCGCUUUAACUUCUUUGCUCAUAUCUUGUAAAAGAUUGUAACUUUUAGUACUUGUAAUGUGGUGGAACGUUUGCCUUAAGAGUUUUCUCACAAAUAUACACAUCUUGGAGUUGUUGGCUAA